CACCGCCACCACUCGUCACAGGAGUGGUGGCGGUGUUAAAAAUUUCUGGCGGCAUCUUUGGAUGGAUUUUAUCACCCCCAAAGUAAUUAUCGAAGUUGAACUGGAAGAUAAUGGAAAGCUGCCAAUGGUUUUGCUUUAAUGCAGGCAGGCACUGAAUUGAUAAAAUUAAGAACAAAUGUUAGACAAUUUAGAAGAAUAUUUUCUUUAGAUUCAGAUAUGGCAUAUAUUCGUUGGACACCUUCAAAUAAAAACCCAACAAAGCUAGAAGUAUUUGAAUCAAUAAAAGAAGUUCGUGUGGGGUGUAAUUCUGAAUUACUUAGAUUAACUAAACCAAUUGCUUCUCCUGAAAUCGAUGAAGAAUGUGCAUUUUCUAUAAUUCACGGGAACGAACAUGAAUGUCUAGAUUUAAUUGCUUUAAAUGCAAGUGAUGCUAAUAUUUGGAUUACCGGGUUAAUUGCUUUAGCAAGUGAAGGAGUUCCUUCAAUUAGAUGGAGGGAUGUUAGUGGAAGUUUAUAUUCUUCUCCAGCAAAUUUACGUGAAAGAUGGAUGUCUUCUUUUAAAGAAAUUGAGCAAGAUAUAAAAGGUUAUACAAGUGAAAAAUCGGCUGUAGGCUUAUUCAUUCAUUAA